UGUGUCCCUUUAACGUAAUCAAAAUAACAUCCUGGUUUCGAAAGUCUAGAGUUUAAUUGAUAACGAGAAUCUUUUACCUUUUUAGUGGAAAUGACGAGAUUAAACGUGUGUGAAAUGUAUAUUUUCCACAUAGUGUAAAUAUAGAGUGUAUCAUAAAAGGGUCAAAUAGUUCAAUAGUUCUUCAGCUUUGUCAAGAUAAAGAAAGAAUCACAUCAUGGGGAACAUCAUCCAUGGUUUUCCAGGAUUUCAAUACAUCACAAAUAGCGACAGUGGACCCCCUCCAACUAAGAAAAGAAAGCUCGAAGACGGCAGCAGUAGUAUCGGAGGCUCAAUGUAUGAAAAAGAUUUGGAAAUACAUCAUUUGAAUUCGGAAAUAAAACGUAUAAAGGAAUCGUGCGUGUCUAUUGAAGAUUAUGAAGACAUGAAACAUAAAUAUCUAAUAGAAAAGAAUGCUAAGGAUGACGCCUUACGAAGAUUGAGUGCCAUCGCUUCGAGCAAAUUACGGAAUAACAAUCCAAACAUCGCUGACCUUAGUGAUGCAAACAGACCUACAAAAAUAGCCGAAAAGUUGUCAGAGUUAUAUGACAACCAAUGGACAGACGCUUUCGGUGAUCUGGAAAAAGGCAUGAACGAAAGAGAUAUAAUCCACUUUCUAAGGGACAUCUUAAUGAAAUCCUACGCAGAAUGUAAAGCAAUAUCCUCUGAUAACUACUUUGAGAAAAUUCAAAGAUGUAUAGAAUGUCCACUACAGUUCGCAGGGUCUGGGCAGUUGAAAACGGGAUCAGUCCUUCCUGAUUAUUUGAAACAUCAAAUUAAAGAAUUCAGAAAAUUUCGUGCUAUGCAUGUAGUCAAGGAUAUCGAAAAGGCAAUAAAAGGAAAACUUAACACACAUUCCAAAAUGAAUGCAGGAGUCGAUAGAUUUAUAUCAAGCUGUGUUGAGAUCACGUGGUUAAUGGUGGUACAGGACCCUCCUCUGGUAUUGUCUGCGACAUCAUCUUCAAAGUUUGAUUCUAAAAUAUUCAGGGAAUACACAAAGCGGGGACCUAAUAUCGAUUACGUUGUCUGGCCAGCUCUUUUUCUUCAUGAAGGAGGUCCUCUGUUAGUGAAAGGGGUUGCUCAAGGAUGUGUUCAACACCAUCGAUAUCGAUAAUUUUAUUGAUCGUCAUUUUGUUUGAAUUAAAUACAUUCCAACUUUAUUGACAUUUCCAUAUAUAUUACUUGUUUUUAGUUUAAAAGGUUUAAACGAACGAACGAUUAAACGAAGAACAAACAAGCGAAUGAAUAAAAAAGUAAUGAAUUGAUUAAUAAAUUAAUUUAGGUUUACAACAAUCCGACAAAAGAGUGAAUAAUUGCCGAUUACAUAAUAAUAUUCAUUUUACAAAUUAUAAUAAAACAACACGUUUUCAAGAAAAUAAGUAUAACACCUUGUAAAACAUAAUUUGCAUGAGUCAUAAGUUCAACGAAUGGGAUAAAUAUAACGUUUUAAGUUUUUACUAUAGGUUUUUACAUGAGGAUGAUCUCAUUACAUUAUCAUAUGAUCUCUAGAACUAAAAAUAGUGUUAUGAUUGUGCUAAAUAACGAACACUUCAAUGUACAACGAA